AUGGUGGUUUUCACGAGGUCAGCUCGGAGUGAUGUGGAUAUGCCGAACCUCGCUGACUUAGCAGCGAGCGGCGUGCCAGGUGCGGCGGCGCUGUUCACUGCCACGUCUGCAUCGCUCCUCGGAUCAUUCCCCCCACGCGAUGAUGGCGGCAGCGUUCCUCUCGCUUCAAUCAGCGUCCCUCUCGCUUCAUUCCCGACGAAGUAUGUGGCCAAGCUGCGUCCAACUAAGUUAGGUAAAUCGAUCGUGGGUGACAAAGGAGCACGGGGGAAGUUUAUUAUAAAGGGUUACAGGUCCGGUGCAGAUUCCUACGUCAAAAUUCUCGGAAUGUAUUGGAACCUCAAGUCUAAAGGAGGGGUUCCGUAUGAGAGUCAACUGAACAGAAACAACGGUGGGGCCGAGACAGGGUGGGGUUGUGGUGGGGGAAAGACGGCAGUUUUACCCAUUGCCCUCCUCCCAUGCCAUCCUCCCAUCCCAUCACCUGCCUCCCUCCUCCCAUCCCAUCACCUGCCUCCCUCCUCCCAUCCCAUCACCUGCCUCCCUCCUCCCAUCCCAUCACCUGCCUCCCUCCUCCCAUUCCCUAGCACCCACCCACUUUACCUAACUCCCCACCCUGCCCCUCCCCCUCCCCUCCCCUCCCUCACCUACACGACGGGCACUCUGCACUCUGGUUGA